AUGGUAUCAUUUUUGGGCGAUCUUUCAGAUUUGGUGUCUACGGUGACAAGUGUUGCCAAGGAGAUUUCGAAAGAAGUGGUCAGUGAUGUUCGCGUCGCCGUGAAGACAGCAACGGCUGAAGGAAAAGAAAACAUCCCCAGCAAGCGGAGAGUCCAGGAAAAAGUGGAAGCGACGAAAUCCAGCAACAAUGACAUCACUACAGGUACUACCCCUUCUACCACUAUCAAAGAGGAGGAAAAGGAUCCUCCUCCCAUUCCAUCAUCUCUGGAUUUACACUACGUGACAGACCGUCUGUGGGUCAUGCCGCAACCGACCGUGGAUGCCUGGACUGCCAAGUGCUAUUUCGACAAGCACAAGCACGAGUCGGCUGAACACGAGGACACUGCCGACAAUAAACUCCCUUUUGAACCGACCGUAGUACCCCAUCGCAACGAUGUCGUAGUCUUGGCAGAAUGUUUGGAACAACAGCAGGAUUACACUGUAUUUAAUGUCACGGACGUGCCCGCCGAAGAUACCAUUGUACGAGCCUUACAAGGAAGAAUUGUCCAUUGUCCUUGGCAGAGUCCCAGUUCACCCCGGAGUGAAACACCCAGUUUGAGCGCCUUGCUGGAAAUUAUCUAUACACUCCAUGCCUACUUGACACUUCGUCCCAACAAUCAUACGGCCAUUAUCUAUUGUGACAAUGGCAAGACACGCAGUGCACUCGUGGUAGCCGCCUACUUGACAUUUACCCGACACUCUCGCACGUGUCGAGACGGUUUCUGCCACUUUGUACAACACACCGGCAUGGCAGCAACAGCAGACGACGCCCUGGAACUAUGGAAUGCCUGUCCACCGUCCUUGCACACAUUUGCACGCAAUUUUGAUCAAACGGUAAUCCAAUGGGGAGAGUAUCGAAAUCCCAAACCAUUGCUACUAAGAGCGAUUGCACUCCAGGGGAUCCCCGUCGAAGACAAACCCUGUUUGGAUAUCUGGGAUGGACAUCAACGGCAUGUCUACAGCAGUCAUCCAGAAUUGUGGACCGAUCUGGUGGACACCAGUGGUGGCGCCUACAUGGUCGAAUCCUUACCGCUGGCAUCGCCGCCUCCACCGUCACCGAGCGUGUUGCGACCGUCGCCGCUCCUGGAAGAAGCACAACGGACACCCCUACCGGAGGGGGACGAUGAUGAUGACGACAAUCAUCUCGUAUCUUUUCACAAUAACAGCAACAACACGACACCCAAGAAUCGGCAUCAUCACGCCUCCAAACAACAACCACCAAUAUCGCCACAAUCACAGUGGGCCGACGAAGAAGGAUUUUAUCGCGUCAAUGUCGUAUUGGAAGGGGACUUUUGUUUGCUCUGUCGAUUUGGUGGGGUCCAUGCGGGAUCGGACAAGGACAGCACCAAAAUACUAUUUCGAUAUGCCAACACCACCGUGGGAAUGGGAGCCGGAGGACCCUACGAGUUGCCACCCUCCCAAGUCGAUCUGAUGCGACGAUACGCGCAUUGCUUUGACCCGGACGACUUUUUAUGCACACUGCUGGUAGAAGCGCAUUGGAAUGUCAGCGAGGUGUUUUGGCAAGAAAAAUUAAAUCGACCGUGUCAGGGGUUGCCACCCAUUUUGCAGCCGGAUGAUAUUCGAUCCGUUCAACGAGGAUGGCAUCUCUUUCAACAACAUUCCGUACUGCAACCCAAUGAAGGAGACGUACGACUAUUGCUGCAAGAACAUGCCUCCUUGUCGACUGAUAUGGUGAAGCUGUGUUUGCAACAUGCCAAUCUGGACGUGUCGGUGGCCCGCGCAUCGUUACGAUCCGUUGUCCAGGGGGGUGAUGAUUCCAUCAUGACAAAGUUGUGGAACAUUUUACAGCCACCGCCGCCGCCAGCUCCAAUGCUCCCACUUCAACAACAAUCCGCCCAACCGGAUGACGGCGACUUGUUCUUGGAAGAGACGCUGAAUAUUUUGGAUGUUUUGGAUUCCAUCACUUUUGACGAUGACGACGACGGCCAAGAUUUCUCCCACAUUCCCAACUUUGACGAAUUUCUUCCCAGGAGGAACAAGGCGGACGGUGGUGCCAAGAAGAAAACAGCAGAGAGCAAAGCGUCUCCGGAUUCUCCACCUCUCAUCAGCAGAGCCACAGGAUCCCAUCUUCAACAGCAGCAGCAGCAACAAGAGCCAGAACCUCCUUUGUUGUUUGCAUCGCCGUUUAUCCACAACAUGCCCCGACAAGGAGAGAUUCUGAGUGCGUUUGGCGACUAUUACAAAGAUAUUCACGGAGAAGCGCUGGCAGAUUUUGAACCAUACGAUGCGACGCGACCACUCGUGAUGGGAGAGUCGCUUCCGCAAUUGCCCUAUGUGCAACUUCCGGACCACGACAACCAACAAUUGUAUUCGCCAAUGGAUGACCCUGCCAAUGCCGCUGCGGUCGAGCUGCUGCUGCAGAUGGACCACCCGGGAAUAUCACUCAAGGAUCUUACGAAUCUUUUGGAAGAGUCGAAAGAUUGGAACAAGCCACAUCCUUUGCCACUCUUGGAAGAAGAAAAGAAGUCUGGAGAUGAAGAAGGUGUCCUCGUGGCCAUAGGCAAGGGCCUUACCCGCAAGAGCUCGGACGAGAAAGCCGGCCCGUCGGGACAGGCGCCACCAUUGAAGGACCAUCCACAAUUCUCCAAGUAUUUCAAGAGACUCAGGGCCGGAACGUCGCUAGAAGAGGUCAAGGAGAUGAUGAAGAAAGAUGGAAAAGACUCGACAAUUGCCGAUCUGGACCCAGAGAAAAGUCUGUCGUCGCAGCGACCCAACAUGGCUGAUCAGGAAGCCGUCAUCAAGACAACACCCAAUGCCGUCGAAAAUGCACAAAAGGCGUUACAGGAAGCUCUGCUGCGGAAAAAGCAGGGCCCCAGGGUUAGCGUCAUCAUCCCAAAGAAGGGAGAAGGGGAGGACGAGGACCCCGACGAGGCCCUCGAUCCUCAGGCCAAGCUGAUGGCUGCUCUAGCCAAAAGCAAGGCGUCCGCCGAUGAUGACAAGGAGGAAGACAGACCCCUGCGUACAGAUCCAGUUUAUGCAAAGUAUUUCAAGAUGCUCAAAAUGGGCAUGUCGAAGGAGCAGAUACAGCACGCCAUGACACGCGACGAGAAAGAUCCCACAAUCAUUGAAUUGGACCCAGAACGUAGUCUCCUGGCGCAACGGCCUCCACCCAAGAAAGAGGCCGUCGCUGAUCCACCUCUCAAAGAUGAUCCGGAAUAUCAAAAGUACUUCAAAAUGCUUCUCAAGCUGGGCAUGCCCAAGGAGCAGGUUGCCCAUGCGGUGCAAAGAGAUGGAAAAGACCCAGCCGUUCUAGAUUUGGACCCAGAGAAAAGCUUGAAGUCUCAACAACCAUCUGGUGCUGACGAUGGCCCUCCCCUCAAAGAAGACGAAGAAUACAAGAAAUACUUUCGUAUGCUCAAUAUGGGCAUGGCCAAAGAGCAAGUUGGCCAUGCCUUGCAAAGAGAUGGAAAAGAUCCUAAGAUUCUUGACUUGGACCCCGAAAAGAGUUUGAAGUCCCAACAAGGUGACACAGGCCCAGCAUUGAAAGACGACCCAGAAUAUACAAAGUACUUCAAGAUGUUGAAUAUGGGCCUUCCAAAGGAUGCAGUCAAGAAUGCCCUAGAAAGAGAUGGCAAGGAUCCUUCAAUCAUGGAUCUUGAUCCAAAUAAGAGCGUCAAAUCUCAGUUGGGAGGUGGGGAUGAUGGUCCACCACUCAAGGAAGACCCUGAGUACGUCAAGUACUUCAAGAUGCUGAAUAUGGGCCUUCCAAAGGACGCUGUCAAGAAUGCCCUAGAAAGAGAUGGCAAGGAUCCUUCAAUCAUGGAUCUUGAUCCAAAUAAGAGCGUCAAAUCUCAGUUGGGAGGUGGGGAUGACGGUCCACCACUCAAGGAAGACCCUGAGCAUAUCAAGUACUUCAAGAUGUUGAACAUGGGUCUCCCAAAGGACGCUGUCAAGAAUGCUCUUGCUCGAGAUGGAAAAGAUCCAGCUGUCAUGGAUCUAGACCCUGAGAAGAGUGUGAAGUUCCAGUUAGGAGGAGGUUGCCAAGAAGAGGAAGACACGGGUACUCCUCUCAAGGAUGAUCCAGAGUAUUCCAAGUACUUCAAGAUGUUGAACAUGGGCCUGCCAAAGGAUGCAGUAAAAAAUUCUCUUUCUCGUGAUGGAAAAGAUCCCGCAGUGAUGGACUUGGAUCCGAACAAGUCGGUAGGGUUCCAAAUGAAAAAGAAGAAAUCGGGUGGGGGUAGUGCUUCGCGACGUACACCAAGCAAGAAGAAGAAAAAGGUUCGCCGAAAGAAGAUCUACUGGACCCCCAUCAAUGAGGAUCAAAUCAAUAAGGACUCUAUUUGGAAUCUCGUGAAAGGGUCCGUUGCGAUGGAUAAGUUGCAGUAUGACGUGAAGGAGUUUGAAGACUUGUUCACAGAGUCAGCCGAUCCAGCUGAUCGGAAGAAGAAUAAGCGGAAGAAGACUGACUCGAGCAAACAAAAGAAGAGUGUGCAAGUUAUUGAUGGCAAGAGGUCAAUGAAUGGUGGCAUCAUUUUGGCGCGAAUGAAAGUGGAGUACAGCAUCAUCGCCAAAUCGGUCGAUGAGAUGCAACAUAAGAAGUUUGACGCCACCCAAAUGAAAGCUCUGAAAGAGUUUCUCCCAACUGUGGACGAACGCCAGGGGCUGAAAAUGUAUAUGAAGAAGGGAGAGACCGACCCAGCCGCCAAGGCUCAGCUGUACAAAGAUUUGAGUGAGUGCGAGAAAUACAUGUACACGAUGAUCGAUGUACCCAAGGCGCCCGAAAAGUUUGAUUGUAUGUUGUUUCGAAGCCAGUUCAAGGUGCGCUUUGAAGAUCUUCUGGAUGCAAUCACCACAGUGGAUACGGCAUGCGACGAAACGAGGAACUCCGAUCGGCUCCGACAAAUGAUGGCAAUGAUUCUGACGUUAGUGAAUCAGAUCAACACUGGUGGGGAGAGCUCCGGGGCGGCAGGAUUCGGACUCGAUGCUCUCUUGAAGCUCAACGAGGCCAAAGCGUUUGACAAGAAGACCAGCGUCCUUAUGUAUCUCGCCAAGUUGGUGCGGAAGAAUGACGAAAGUCUUCUGGGUUUCCAAGAGGACCUAGCUACUGUUCGACAUGCAGAGAACAUUAUCCUCGAUUCGCUGGCAUCUGACAUCAAAACGAUCAAAGCCGACUUGGAGGCAGUGCACGCGACUGCGGCUGAGGAGGCAGAGAGGCUUGAGAAAGCUGGCGAAUUGAAGCCCUUCUCAUUGAGUGAUUUGAAGGAGCUCAAGACCUCGGUCUACACCAUUGAAGGGGUUUCACACUUCAACAAGGUUGAUCAUCACACGGGGCGAACACCGAUGGAAAGAUUUGCGCUCAACUCGCAGGACGCUCUUGGGCAGGCUAGUAAGAAGAUCGAGAUCCUCAAGAAGAAGUACCAAAGCUUGUUGCUUUACUUCGGAGAGGACGAAAAGAAGGCCAGCAACGAGUUCUUUGGCGUGAUGAGGCGCUUCAUAGAAGAGUUUGAAAAGGCUUGCGAUCAAGUCGAGAAGACGGAGGCGGCUAGAAUCAAAGAGGAGAAGCGGAGCGCAAAGCGUGCAGAGCAAGAACGGCGCAGGUCGUCUAUCAAGGCUGGUCAAGCUGGAGGGUUGCCCAGCAAAGAAGCCAUGGCAAAUUUGGCAAAGAUGGCGGCGGAAAAGACUGGAGGCAAGGGCAAGGGAUCGGACAAAAAAGGAACGAAGACAUCGGGCAUUGGUGGUAUUGCGGCUAUGGCCGCAAUGGCCGCAAGUAAGAAGACUGAUUCAAAACCAGCAUCUGGAGGGGGCAUAGCAGCGAUGGCAGCAAUGGCGGCCAAAAAGAAGGCACCAGAUGGGACAGCCAAAGCUCCUGGGGGACUUGCAGCCAUGGCUGCAAUGUCAGCAAAAAAGAAAACGGACAAACCCUCUGGUGGUCUUGCUGCUAUGGCUGCAAUGUCAGCAAAGAAGAAAACAGGCUCUGCAACCAAACCUUCUGGGGGUCUUUCUGCGAUGGCAGCAAUGUCAGCCAAGAAGAAAACAGACUCGACAACCAAACCAGCCGGUGGUCUUGCUGCGAUGGCAGCAAUGUCAGCAAAGAAGAAACCCGAGGCCACUAGAUCUGGUGGACUGGCAGCAAUGGCUGCAAUGUCAUCAAAGAAAAAGACAGACUCGACAACCAAACCGGCAGGUGGCUUGGCAGGAAUGGCUGCAAUGUCAGCCAAGAACAAGAAAGACUCGACAACCAAACCCUCGGGUGGCUUGGCAGCUAUGGCUGCAAUGUCAGCAAAGAAGAAACCAGAAGCCUCUAGAUCUGGGGGGCUAGCUGCGAUGGCAGCGCAAAAGAAAAAUGAGCCUACACCUGCCGGUGGCUUGGCAGCAUUGGCAGCCAAGAAGAAAAGUACCACAACUCCUCCCGGAGGUCUUGCUGCGAUGGCAGCAAAGAGCCAACCCCAAAGACAGAAAAGUGGCGGGUUGGCAUCCUUGGCGGCAAAAAACCAACCUCAGCGACAGCAGAGUGGUGGUCUGGCGUCGUUGGCAGCAAAGAGCCAACCUCAGCGACAGCAGAGUGGUGGUCUGGCAUCAUUGGCCACAAAGACGCAAUCCCAACGACAGCCGAGUGGCGGCCUCGCGGCGACGCCCACGAAGAGCUCACCCGCACGACAAAAGAGUCUUGGAGCCCCUUCAUUGGGUGCAAAGAGCUCUCCCUCACGACAGAAAAGCGACGUCGGGUCUCCCACUUCUGGACUGUCGGGUGGACGCAUCGCAACUAUGGCCGCUCAAUCGAAAACGAAAGAGCCAGUGCCUAGUCAAAAGACGUUACGAGCUAUGAAACAGCUGGAAACCUCUUACAAUCCAGAUGCAACUAGUUUUGUACAGGAGAACCAAGGCAAACCACAGCCAACAACACCCAGUAGAGUGCGUUCUGGGGGGCUGGCACCAAUGGCUGCUGCCAAGGGAACCGCUGGAGCGUCAAGUACCGGAUCCACCAAAGCCAAUCCUGCCGUUCGUUCACGAUCCGGCGGACUUGCAGCAAUGGCCGCCACGAAAACAGCUUCGGCUAAGAGCACUCCCCCAGCAAGGGGACUGGCCGCGAUGGCUGCGUCUUCUAAAUCUUCAAACAAGGGCGCGCAAUCUAAAGCAACCGGUCCUACUACAAGCUCUGGGGGACUGGCUGUAAUGGCAGCGGCGGCCAAAAGCCAGAAGAGUGGCACGGCCGCUGCUUCCCAAUCGGAUUCCCAUCGCGGCAAACGAAAGGUGUACGACGAACAGGGCGGACUGUACGGUGACAAGACGACCACGACUUCACCAAGUUUCGCGGCUGCUCCUAACGCGACGUUGUUUCAGCUGGGGAGCGGUGGCAGCCAUGGUCGGCAUCACCACCAUAAGGAACACGUGAGACAGACGCCUGCCAGGAAUCGGACAGGAGGAGCCAUUCGAGUCCCUCCUCGGAAAGCCAACGAGAAACCUGUAGGUCGGCAACCCAUUUCGAGAAGCCGCAGCAAUGUGGAGCGUAUGGCUGCUGCCACGAGCUUUCCACCCGCUCCCACGGGCCAACCAGUUGUCUUUGGCAACAGCAAGGGUACGGGGACACAGGGAGGUAGUCCGACCUCUGCGAAUCCUUUCGCCCCCGCUGCAGCCAAAAAGAAGCCAAACAAAAGACCGCCUUUCAGAUAG